AUGCUGCAUAUAGAGUGUGAAAUUCUGGUGCUCUCAGAUGCCUUCUUCGAGACACUCUCGAUCGCUCCAGAAGUGCUAUCAUUGUCCAUCACUCGCGGACUAGAUACCACACUGGCCCUGCCAGCUUCAAUUUCCCGUCUAUCCAGUGUUUGUACCAACAGCACUUUGGAGCGGGUUCUGAUCAACAUAUUCGAUCAAUCUGAUGAUCAUAAUACUUCGAUUAGUGCUGCAGUUUUUCAUCCACUCUUUGCUUUCCGCAAUCUUCGCAAGCUCGAAGUCAUUAUCGUGAACUGUGGUGUGCAAUUUGAUGAUGCCACCCUUUUUCAGAUGGCUAAGGCCUGGCCGCUACUGGAGGAGUUCUUCAUCUUUAAAGAAUGCCGCCGCGGACACAACACAUCCCCUAACAUUGCCUACCAGGGUUUUGCAUACAAACCACUAUAUGUGGCACACUUCAGUAGUUCAAGGAUUCGCCACCCGACAGGGAUCGCUGCUUUCAUUUCGGCCGUCGCACCUAAUUUGGUGGAACAUGUUGCAUGGGAGCAUACUUUCUACAAGACCGAUCCAGGCCUUGAGAAAUACUCCAGCAGGUGGAAACUCGUUCAGCGUUUGAUCAAGUCUUUCUCCACGUUCCGCGAGCAGGAGAGGAGAACUUUGAUGCCGAAGGCAGGUGAAGGGGCCGAACGUAGUAAUGGAAAUGAAGAGUUUGGUCCAUCUGCCAACCACUACGGAGUUGUGCAGCCAGCCCAGGAGACCGAAAAUGGGGAAGCAGCUGCUAGUAGUGACACCGACGGGGAUGAAGGGGGUUCCUCGGAGGACGAAGGGGAUUCAUCGGAUGAAGAUAGCGGAAGUGAGGGCGAGUAG